AGGAGAUCAACCACUCUCUCCAUCUCAUCAUCCAAUUGCUCACGAGGAAGGUGCUCAAUCACUUUCAUCCUAAUAUAUCUAGAACCUUCUAUUCAAUUAUUGAUCACUCACUGGUAAUACUAUUUUCUUCUAUCCAUGCAUGUAUUUAUAAAAUCCCUCUAAUGACUUUAAUAAACUAAUUUGAUUAAUUCUAAUUAGACAUAACAUAUUUGAGAAUGAAUUAUAUGUACUCGGUGAAAGAAGAACACUUAGAACCAACGAUUCCACCACCCCAACCAAAUGAAGGACUUAAUGAAAUUAGGCCACAACCAUUCCUCACAAAAACAUUUGAUGUAGUUGAUGAUCAAAGUACCAACCAUAUAGUUUCAUGGAACAGGAGUGGCACAAGUUUUGUGGUUUGGGAUACACAUGCCUUCUCCAAUCUUCUCCUUCCCAGAUACUUCAAACACAAUAAUUUCUCAAGCUUUGUCAGACAACUAAACACUUAUGGAUUUAGAAAAAUUGAUUCAGAUAGAUGGGAAUUUGCAAAUGAAGGAUUCCUAAGAGGGCAAAGACAUCUAUUGAGGAACAUAAGGAGAAAGAAGGGACCUUCUCAGCCUAUUGAAGUUGGUUGUGUUGGACUAGAUGCAGAAAUUGAUCGUUUAAGGCAAGAGAAACACAUGUUGAUGACGGAGCUUGUGAGUCUUAGAAAGCAGCAAUAUAAUACUACACUGUACCUUCUAGAGAUGGAGCAUAGGUUAGAAGGGAUAAAAAUCAAUCAGAAGAAAAUGAUGUCUUUCUUAGCUAGAGCUAUGAAAAACCCUGUCUUCAUUCACCAACUACUCCAACAAAAAGAGAAGAAAAAGGAGCUUGAAGAAGCCGUGACCGUGACAAAAAAGAGAAGGCUUGUUGAACAAGGAACUAGACUAGGUAUUGGACAAUCAAGCAGUGUUAAAGUUGAGCCGUUAGAAUUAUGUGAUUAUGAAUUUGGGGUGUCGGAGUUGGAAAUGUUAGCUCUGGAAAUGCAGGUUUUUGGAAGGGGGGAAAUGAAUAAGGAGGAAGUACAUGAACCUGAGGCACUAGAAUCACAAGAGAAGAUGGAAACAGUGCUUGAUGAUGAAGGGUUCUGGGAAGAUCUAAUGUUUAGUAUGAAAUUUGAGGGUAGAUUUGACAUUCCAACUUCUGAAGAUAACAAUGAGAAUGAAGAUGAUUCAAGUGAACCACUGAGUCAAGAAUUUAGGGUUAACUCUUUUCAUUCAGUUCACUAGCUUCAAGUCAUACAAAAGUCAAUGGUUUACUUAUCCUAAUUGGCAGAAGGAAAAUGAUUUACUUUUUGGUGUUUUUAAUUCUAAUCCUAUAAUAAGUCCUUUUGUAGCACUUUUUAUAUCAAAUUCUCUCAUGUUUCUUGUGUUUGAUUGGGUAGGUUGCUGCUGGUGCCAGAACAAGAUUCUUUGAUAGUGAAAACUGUCAUUAUUUACAUCAACGACUCAAGAUUACUCAGAAGAUUUAUGAUGGACAAAAAGUAACUUAUCUCCUACAAGCAUAACUGAAUGAACACUAUGAAUAUAUCUCUGCAAGAAUGCAACAGUUUCUGUUAAUUACAUGUAUGAAGAAAGAAGAUUUUAGGAGCAUACUUCUAGGACGGCUGCCGUGUCUAAUGACACAGUUAAUGCAGUAGAAUUUUAGCACUAAAGAGAAUUGGUUGAAAAAUGUAAUAUACAUUGUACAGUUGAUUAAGAAACAUGGAAUCUACCCCCGAUUCAUUUCUUUGA